CACGGGAAAGCACUUGCCAUGGCACCUGGUUUUCCUCUCCCACACCAUAAAAAAUUGGUAACUCCGCCCCUCUCUCGAUCGGUCCGUGUCAACUUCACCCCCUCGGCAGCCAUCCCAAUCCCUAUCCCGAUUUCUCUCUUGAGAAAGCUAAGUUCAUGAACUUGUUCUUGAGCGCAGCAGCCGUCCUGAUUUUUUUCUUCCUGCUCGAGGGCCGAUCUUUCUUGUGUUUGUUCGAGUUCUAGCGAUCCGGCAUCCGACGUUCGGGGUUCGGUGGAUUGGCCCUUCCCCGUUUAGGCCUUUCGUUGUUGCUUUUGUAUCUGUUCGCUUGGGAUGGGGGUCGACGGCGGCUUGGCCGACCCGACGUUAAGGGCAGAAUUGGCGACGGAGAAGAACACGUACUCUUCCAAAAAGAAGAAGAGGCGGCAGAAGAAGCCGACGUCGACGCCGAGUGCCGUGCAGAGGCUUUUUGAGACUUGCAAGGAGGUGUUUGCUCAUGGCGGGCGUGGGUUCAUCCCGUCGGCGGAUGAUGUGGAGCGCCUCCGAUCCGUUCUUGAUACUCUAAAGCUCACGGAUGUUGGUGUAAGCCCAAAUCUUCCAUUUUUCCACCAUGUUGUGACGGAUGGGCCUCCUCCUGUGACAUAUUUGCACCUUUAUGCAUGCUCCAAUUUCUCGAUUGGUAUCUUCUGCCUUCCACAAGCAGCUGUCAUUCCACUUCACAAUCACCCAGGCAUGACCGUUGUUAGCAAACUUCUUUUUGGCUCCAUGCACAUUAAGUCGUACGAUUGGGUUAAUGACCCUGAAGGCUCAAACGAGAAAAUCAAAUCCUCAAAUGGUGCAUGUUUGGCAAAGGUGAACACUGAUGCCAUCUUUAAGGCACCCUGUGAGACGUCUGUUUUAUACCCUACUACUGGAGGUAACAUGCAUUGUUUUACUGCAGUAACCUCCUGUGCAGUUCUGGAUGUCCUUGGACCACCAUACAAUGACGACGAAGGAAGGGCUUGCUCUUAUUACAAGGAGUAUGUGUUCUCAAGCUUUCCGGGCAAAGCAAUUGGGGUGUCCGGUGAAAGCAAGGAGUAUGCAUGGCUGGAGGAGAGGGAGAGCAAGCCCGAUGAUCUCGUUGUACGUGGUGCGGAGUACAGGGGCCCGAAAAUUGUAGGCCGCUGAUGGCAAACUUUGCAAUGAUGCUGCAACUUCUGCAGCAAAGCACAAAAAGAAAGCUAAGCAGCCUGCCACCCAACUGUAGAUACACAAGUAAAGAAAAGGAAACUAAGCUUUAGAUGACAAAAGAAAUAAUCAUGACACUGUUUGUCCACCCUUUAAAACUCUUCUGUUUCUUCGAUAGAUCUUUCAGCUUAAACACACCCAAAAUGUGUUUCAGAGAUUUGUUUCCAGAUAAUUUGGCACCGUAGAACAUUGCUUUUUUUUCUUUUUCCUUAUUCCAGGCAUUCGAUUUGCUGUACUUUAGUUGUCAUGGGUUAUCAUCGUUCUUCUGCUUGUGAAGCACGAGAUCGGGUAUAAAGCUUGCUGUUUUCAUGUAUUGAUGAACUACGCAGAGGCUCAUAAGACAUGAUGAUUACUCUUCCGUUUCUGUAAUCUCCAAGUCAUUUUUAUUC